CCGUCCCCCUUCCCCCAUUCCGAAACUGCACUUUUCGUCAAUUCUCCAACACGUGGUGGGCCGCCCGUGAUCGAUUGUAUACUACCUACGGAGUAUUAAUACUUCACAACCUUGUUCCGUCGCCUUAUUUUCUCAGUUUGACAGCGACUCGGGCCACACAAGGGCUCUCAACUCCUUAAAGCUCCCUCGUUAAGACACUCUAUCUAUCUUCAUCGAUAUUUAAUUUGUCUCCGUGUCACUUGACUUUCGCCCGACUGCCUACUACACAUACUUCUUGCUAUGCAGCUCCAUCGACUUGGGGCCGUCGUAGGCCUCUUCUCCUUCUUGAGCCUGGCCACGGCUCAGACAUACACUAGCUGUAAUCCUACGGAGAGCACAUGUCCUGCGGACACCGCACUGGGAAAGUCCGCAUCUUUCGACUUUACCCAAGGAAGCUCUUCCGACUUUGAGCCAACGGGUACCCCAACAUAUAGUGAUGAUGGGGUUGCGUUCACAGUGGCCAAAGAGGGGGAUGCCCCACUUAUCCAGUCCAAAUGGUACAUCAUGUUCGGACGUGUUGAAUAUGUGAUCAAAGCGGCCCCCGGAACCGGCAUUGUCAGCAGUGCCAUACUGCAAUCUGACGACCUAGAUGAGAUUGAUUGGGAGUGGCUCGGUGGGAACGACAAUCUGGUGCAGAGCAACUACUUUGGAAAAGGAGCAACCACCCCAAACAAUCGCGGAGCGACUCAUGACGUCGCCAACAACCACGACGAGUUCCACACGUAUACCAUCGAUUGGACCGACGAGCAGAUUGUCUGGCAGAUCGACGGCAAGACAGUGCGGGUGCUUACCCCCGAGACAGCUAAUACCAAUCAAUAUCCCCAGUCGCCAAUGGUAGUCAAAGUGGGAAUUUGGGCCGGAGGCGACCCGAAUAACGCACAGGGGACGAUCGACUGGGCUGGUGGAGAGACUGACUACAGCGCUGGGCCGUACACAAUGUACAUGAAGUCCCUCAAAGUUACCGACUACUCGACAGGGUCCUCCUACACGUAUAGUGACAAAAGUGGACUGUGGACGUCAAUUACCUCGGAUGGAGGCAAGAUCAAUGGCAACAUCAACGCGGACACCAUUUCUUCCGUUCAAUCUGCACCUACCAUAACCGCGACGGUCAGCAUUCCAAUUCCUUGGCCUGGAACCCAUCGAGAGACUUCGAGUUAUGUGACCCCCGACGUCUGGCCCUGGGUCACUGGCACAGGGGCAGCCGCUGCCUACACUGGUACUUGGUCAUAUUCCAGUUCAGGACAGGUUCAGCCGCCAAGUGCGGCUUCCGUGAGUGAGCAUCUCCAGUACAACUUUGAUGACUUGUUGAACGAUAGUUGACGCAUCUCAAUGAACAGCCUUCCUCCCGGUCUACAUCAGCCUGCUCGCCAUCUGUGCCGGCCUCAUCCUCCCCCUUCGUCUCUAGAACCAGCUCGAUGGCUAGCUCAAUCGCCGGUCCAACGGGGACUAGUGUGGCGUUGACCGGCUUGAUAAGCUUAACCAGCUCGACGAGGAUCAGCUCGCUGAAGACCAUUCCAACGUCCUACUGGAAAACGACCAGCUCGAUAACGACCGGCCUGGUGACAAGCAGUACGAUGCUUAGCAGUUCUAGGGAAACUAGCACGCAUUUGACCGGCCC